AUGACAUCUGAUGCCGACGAAGCGUCUGACACCGGCAGGACGUCUGGCACCGACGAGAUAGGACAUCUGAUGCCGACGAGACAUAUGAUAGUCGUCGACGAGCAUUUCGUUGUGCGGAUCCCUGACACCAUGACCUUUGACAAGUGUGCCCCACUGCUUUGUGCUGGCAUCACUGCAUACAGCCCAUUGAAGUAUUUUGGACUCAAUGAACCAGGGAAGCAUGUUGGGGUGGUCGGCCUUGAAGGGGGAGCUACCAAUUGCUGGUUUGUUUGUUUUACUUGUUGGUCUUUCGAUGAAAUGAAUUGCAUGGAUCUACCUAUAGGUGGGAAAAUUGUGGCGGGGGUUUGCAUUGGAGGAAUGAAGGAUACCCAGGAGAUGUUGGACUUCGCUGCAAAGCACAACGUAACAGCAGAGAUUGAGCUCAUCGGUAUGGAUUACGUGAACAAGGCAAUGGAGCGACUUGCCAAGGCAGAUGUCAGAUAUCGAUUUGUCAUUGAUAUCGCCAACACCUUGACAACUGCUCACAUUUGGAGUUCCAAAGAUAGCUAUAUAUGUACCAUUAUUUCGGACUUUCUGGUUGCUAUUAUUAUGUUCUCUCCAUGCAGUUGGAUUGUUGUUCGUUAUUCUAUCCUAAGUUUGUCUUACCACAUUAUAUCUUUGUCAUAUGAGAUUUUGGGAUAG